AUGAUGAUGCUCGGAGCGCUCUGCCUCCCGCCCUGCGCCAGGGCCCAGACGAGGAUCCCGCUGGAGACGGUGAAGUCCUGGGCAGAUGCCUUUGGUGGGGAGCUGUACUCCAUUGUCACCAAGUAUUCAGGCUCUCUCCUGCUGCAGAAGAAGUACAAAGACGUGGAGCCAACUCUGAAAAUCAAGGAGGUGGACGGCCUGGAGCUGGUGAAGAAGUUCUCGGAGCAGAUGGAGAGCAUGCUCCGCAGGAAGGUGGAAGCUGUUGAGAGGCUGGUGGAAGCAGCAGAAGAUGCAGAUCUGAACCACGAGUACAACUCCUCUCUGGAGUUUGAUUACUACAACUCUCUCCUGAUUAAUGAUAAGGAUGAAAAUGACAAUUACGUGGAGCUUGGGGAUGAAUUCAUUCUGGAGCCAAAUGAGCAUUUCAAUAACCUGCUGGUGAACACAACCUACAGCGAUAUCCAGCUGCCCACCAAUGUCUACAACAAAGACCCGGACAUCCUCAAUGGGGUUUACAUGUCAGAAGCCCUGAAUCCGAUUUUUGUGGACAACUUUGAAAGGGAUCCCACACUGACCUGGCAGUACUUUGGCAGCUCCACCGGAUUCUUCAGGCUGUACCCAGGAAUAAAGUGGUUACCAGAUGAGAACGGAGUCAUCUCCUUUGACUGCAGAAACCGUGGCUGGUACAUCCAGGCAGCCACCUCUCCCAAGGACAUUGUCAUCAUUGUGGAUGUCAGUGGCAGCAUGAAGGGCCUGAGGAUGACCAUUGCCAAGCACACCAUCGUCACCAUUCUGGAUACUCUGGGAGAAAACGACUUUGUCAACAUCAUUGCAUACAAUGAUUAUGUUCAUUUUAUCGAGCCCUGUUUUAAGGGUAUCCUGGUCCAAGCAGACAGAGAUAACAGAGAGCACUUCAAGCAGCUGGUGGAGGAACUGCAGGCAAAAGGAGUGGGGACUGUGAGCAAGGCUUUGACAGAGUCCUUCAAAAUCCUGAGAGAGUUCAGAGAUGCUGGCCAAGGAGGUUUGUGUAACCAAGCCAUCAUGCUGAUCACCGACGGAGCCGUGGAGGAUUACGAAGCUGUGUUUGAAAAAUACAACUGGCCCGAUCGGAAGGUGCGGGUGUUCACGUACCUCAUUGGACGGGAGGUCACUUUUGCCCCGAACGUCAAAUGGAUCGCCUGCAACAACAAAGGCUACUACACCCAAAUCUCCACGCUGGCAGAUGUCCAGGAGAACGUCAUGGAGUACCUGCACGUGCUCAGCCGGCCCAUGGUCAUCAACCACGACCACGACAUCAUCUGGACCGAGGCCUACAUGGACAGCGCGCUCUUUGCCUCGCAGGCGCAGAGCCUGCUGCUCAUGACCACCGUGGCCAUGCCGGUGUUCAGCAAGAAGAACGAGACGCGAUCCCAUGGCAUUCUCCUGGGUGUGGUGGGCUCUGAUGUACCGCUGAGGGAGUUGUUAAAACUUGCUCCACGGUAUAAGCUGGGUGUCCACGGCUACGCCUUCCUGAACACAAACAACGGCUACAUCCUGUCACACCCAGACCUCCGUCCUUUGUAUAAAGAAGGGAAGAAGCUGAAGCCGAAGCCGAACUACAACAGCGUAGAUCUCUCAGAAGUGGAGUGGGAAGACCAAGAUGAAAUACUGAGAAGUGCUAUGAUCAAUGGGGAAACAGGCUACCUCUCCAUGGAUGUGAAGGUCCCCGUGGACAAAGGGAAACGGGUUCUCUUCCUCACCAAUGAUUAUUUCUUCACUGACAUCAGUGGCACACCCUUCAGCCUGGGUGUUGUGCUGUCCAGGGGGCACGGGGAGUACAUUCUGCUGGGGAACACUUCAGUGGAAGAAGGUUUGCACGACCUGCUCCAGCCAGACCUGUCUUUAGCAAAUGAAUGGAUUUACUGCAUCACCGACAUCGAUCCCGACCACCGCAAGCUCAGCCAGCUGGAGGCUGUGAUCCGUUUCCUCACUGGAGAGGAGCCUGACCUGGAAUGUGAUGAGGAGUUGGUCCAGGAAGUGCUGUUCGAUGCAGUGGUCACUGCCCCCAUGGAGGCCUACUGGACAACAUUAGCCCUCAACAUGUCCUUGGACACCGAGGCAGGCAUUGAGAUUGCGUUUCUGGGCACUCGGGCUGGACUCAUGAGGAGUGCCCUGUAUGUGGGCUCUGAGAAGAUUUCCAACAAGAAAUUCCUGACACAGAAGGACAAGGAAAGCAUCUUCACCAUGGACCACUUCCCUCUGUGGUACCGCAGGGCGGCCGAGCAUCCCCCCGGCAGCUUCAUCUACAGCAUUGUCUCGGAAGAUGAUUCAGAGGGGGGUGGCCUGCCAAAAGUGGUGACAGUGAGCACGGCCGUGUCUGUGUCUGUGGACGGGAAGAUGGGAAUUGCUGCAGCUGUGGGUGUGCAAAUAAAGCUGGAUUUGCUCCAACGCAAGUUUUGGAAGGCCAUGCAACAGUGCAGCGGCCUGGACGGCGCCUGUCCACUCAGCUGUCAGGAUGAUAUUCUGAACUGCUUCCUCAUUGACAACAACGGCUUUAUACUUGUUUCCAAAAUACCUGAAGAGACUGGAAAAUUUUUUGGUGCAGUGGAUGGCUCAGUGAUGACCCAGCUACUAAACAUGGGCAUGUUCAGGCGAGUGACCAUGUAUGAUUACCAGGCCAUGUGCAAGGUGCCCUACCACCACCACAGCGGCGCCCGGCCCCUGCUCAGCCCAAUUUAUGCCUUUGUAGCUGCAGUGAAGUGGCUGAUAAGUGAUUUCCUCAUCUUCCUUUUGGAGUUUAACAUGAGUAGCUUCUGGCACUCAGACAACUUGGCAGAUGCCAAGGCUGUCUUCCACCACUCUCACAGGCACAAGAAGCACGACACGCUGCAGCCCUGCGACACCGAGUACCCCGUGUUCGUGUACGAGCCGGCCAUCAGGGAGACCAACGGGCUCAUCGACUGCGGAGACUGCCAAAAGAUGUUUGUGGCACAGCAGAUCAUCAGCAGUAACCUCCUGCUCCUCGUCACGGACACUGUCUGCGAUUGCAGCGUCUUCCCACCCGUCCCAAUGGAUGCAAAAGAGGUCAAAUACAACGCGUCCGUCAAGUGCGAGAGGAUGCGCUCGCAGAAGCUGCGCCGCCGGCCGGACUCGUGCCACGCCUUCCACCCUGAGGAGAAUGCCCAGGACUGCGGUGGCGCUGCUGCCAUCGCCGUGUGGCCGACGCUGCUGCUCCUGCCCCUGGUGCUGCUCCUGCGGUGA